UCAACCAUCCGAGUGUAAUUCACCUGCAGUUUCCAAAGCACAACUGACUGAACAUCAGCAAGUUAAAUCUUGGCUCGUGCACAACCAAGACGAAUGGGUAGAAGUACGCAGAAAGUGGAAAUUGUACAGUGUUGUACGCUGCCUGGAGCUGGCUAAAUUAGAAACCAAAACCUGCGCUUCUGUAUUGAAUGAGCUUCCCACGCUACGCAACCACCAAGGAUAUCAACUGAUACAAUUAGAUUUCCAGGAGCGGUAUCCCGGAAAAGAUACGCUUUUAUUCGACCGGUGAUCAAGAUUCGUUGAUGCUUUUCGACCAAUAUUGGAUGUUGAAGUAACAGAUUCCGAAGGGAGGUCUCUCCUAGCUCUUCUCAACAGUGACAACAUAAAUGGAGUCCGAUUCUUAUCCUUCCAGAAAAGGUCCGUUGGAAACCAUCAAUUCAAGAAUCCAAAGAAAGAGUUUUUGUAUGUUCCAAAUCUGUCGUGUUUGGAAGCAACUCUGGCACGGUUGUUUGAUGCAUGGCGUAUUAAAGGAGUGCCUGCAGCACCUUUUAUAGUCGUAUUUGGAGAGAGUGAGACGAACCUGACUGAUUUCAUACUUUGGAACGACACUGUUUCAUACAAAUUUCCAAAUUUUUUGAAGGCACUAGACAUCUGCAUCAAGUUCUACAAAGCAUACGAAAUCGAUUUUCCUCGACAAUCUAGAGCUACUUGGACUUUUUUAAGUGAAUGCUUAUUUGAUUUCACGUGUAGCUCUGAUCUUGCGAACGUUAAAGCGUUACGUUUAGCGAUAGGCAAUAGAAUCUACGAAAAAUGAUCUCAUGCAUUGUAGAGCACUGCAUGUGGCAGACAACAUCACUGCAUCGAUUCUACUGCCAUAUUAACAACAUGCAUAGCAACAUACAAUGUUUUCGAUGCAACAUCGACAAUUGCACGAGGAGCUACAAUAUAAGAGCAUCAUUCAAUGGACACUUUAAGAAACACUUUACCACCGCUGAAGAGAAAAGAUCAAUCCCAAACCACAUUACUUCGAAAGAAAACGUCAAAGAAGUCACAAACAGUGUUUCUAAUUCAAAUGCCGAACUCAAGUCAUCGACCGCAGGAACAGAUCAAAUGAUUCGAAGCAAAACACCAUUGAAAUCAUUAGAAGAAAGUUUGAAUAAAAUUGACGUAAUCGAUCCUGCUGCUCUAACAGAGCAAAUGAAAAAUGUGAUACUUGGUGUGAACCUUAAAUGGUUGAGCAUGCCCACGGUUUCUAGGAAAACUUUUUGAAUUUCAAAAUGAUUUUAAUCAAAAUAUAUUACGUCAGUUAAGGGAGAUUAUUAUUACAAUGUCGUCGAUUGGGUAUAUUGCCUCCGAAGGAAAACAGAUAUUUGAACAAAUCUUUAAUAUGUUUGAUGACCUUAACUCUGAACACAAAUGUUUUGGAAUGCUCAAACGAUAUGACUUGUUAAUGGAACCCAGAGAAUUUUUAAUUAGUAACGAACUACGUGCAGGCGUGUCGCAAAACAAACAAGAAAUCAGCAAUGAUCCCGUAACUGGUUUAUUGAUGCCUAUCAAGUUUCACAUGAAAAAAUAUCUCGAAGCUGAUAAUGUUUUGGAAACAAUUUUGAAAUACCUCGAGCCUUCUAGUGAUGGUUAUAUCCGCAGUUUCGUAGAUGGUACGAUUUGGCAGGAGAGAGUUAACAAUCUCAAAUCCAACGUGGGCGCAAAAAUAGUGCUACCAUUGAAUUUAUUUUUCGAUGAUUUCAAAACAGGAGACACCGCUUCGCCUCACGCCACUCGAACCUCUAUCUGUGGGAUAUAUUAUUAUAUUCCUAGCCUGCCAGGUUAUUUACUAGCGAAACUUGCCAACAUGCAUGUAGCCGGAUUCAUUUUAACAGAAGAUAGAAAACGAUAUGCAAAUGACGAUUUAUUUUUUAGUCUCAUUGACAUGCUAAUUGAACUAGAGACAGACGGUAUUGAAAUCAACUACAGGAACAGCACAAUGAAAAUUAAUUUUAUGUUGGCUUUUAUAACUGGUGAUAACCUUGGACUUUCUGAAGUACUUGAUUUAGUUGAAUCCGUUCGGGCCAACUUCUAUUGUAGAAUGUGCAAGCGGAAUCGUCAGGAAAGAGAAACUGAUUGUAUUGAAUACGAGAACAGUUUCCGGACAAUUGAAAGUUGUGCAGAAGAUAUAAAAGUUAAUGACACAUCGGUGACCGGGAUAAAGCGAGAAAGUAUUUUCAACCGUAUUCCAUCAUAUCACAUAAUUAAUAAUGUUUAUUUCGAUUUGAUGCACGAUGUAUGGGAAGGCAUUUGCGUAUAUGCAUUAGGACACUGCUUAAAUUAUUUCAUAAAGAUAAAAAAAUAUUUACUCUCGAGGAACUUAACUUUAGAAAAAACACGUUCGUUUUUGGAAACCUGAGCUUUGGUAACAUACCGA